AUGGAUAAAGCAAAGAAGGAUUGGACAAAUUCUCUGCGUCCAAGCCCCAACCCUCCUGAUACCAGCAAUGACGCUUCAUGCUGGGACUGCAAUCCAGGAACGAGCUUGUUGCUUCCCGGUAGCUGCAACCAGGGGCCAAAAAAAUACUCAGCCCUUGGACAAAAGACUUUUUACACUGAUGUCCUUACUCCAGGAACCUCCAGCAUCUCAGAGGUAGGUGAUGUUUGUGCUGGCCCCCAGAUGUACCAUGCUUUGCUAAGACAAGCAGACCUCAAGCAGCACACCCCUAAAGUCACAACCUUUAAGAUGCCUGAGGACUUUGAAGGUGUCCUGGAUACGCAAGUGAUUGGACCAACCACUGAGAAUCUCAUCAAGUCAGAUUUCCCAGUACAAUCAUUGAAGCCCAAAGUGCAGAUUCCUUUCCAAGGGCUUCCAGGGCAAUGCCCUCAGAAGAUUGAAGUAGAGCAGAGGAGACAGCUGUAUCUCACCUGUGAUACUGCUCAGCUCUUAGCCAGCAAGGGGCUAGACUCAAAUCAGCUGAUGCCAAGGCACCAUGAUCCUGACAAUAUGUCAGCUAUUGAGGAGAAGAAAGAUCCUGUCUUUCCCAUCUGCCUCCCAUUAGAGAUAUUUGACAGUGACGAGUAUGACUGUCGAACUCCAGAGUGGAACUCACUAGGACUGGAGCCAGGAUCUCAUGAUAGAAAGCCAGUUCCUGGAAAAGCACUUUUACCUACAGAUAAUGUCCUGGGACACGAGGACCCCAAAAGUGAGAAGUUAAUCUACAAGUGGAUUGAUGUUGGUGUUCUGGGUUAUGACAAGGAGACAGAGCUCUACUUGAUCCAUAAAACAGACAAGAGUGGGCUGGUGCGGGAUGAAGAAGGGAGACCCGUCCUCAAUGGAGGAGUAACUCCACAAGGAAGAACCCCAUUGUUGUCAUGUCAAUACUGGGUGCCAUGAGUUUGCCUUCUGGUUCUGGCUGGAGAUACCCAGGUAUUUGCACAGCAGGUAGUUUCUGCCAACAGCCUGCUUAAGAAGACACAGGCGCUGCUACUGUGUCACCUGUAUGUGACCUGCAUGCCCACAGAUGGACUAAAUAGCAUCAGCAAGAAGAGCCUGGAGAGGAUGAAGCUGUUGGCUAACAUGCAGACUCCUAGACUGAAGAAAGAAAAGAGGGUAUCAGACUGUAUGUGCUGCCUGGAGGAUGAAGUGAGAUUAGACUAUGAACGCACCAUGAACAGGAUCAGCUUUGACAGAAUCGUCACGUACAAACCUCAGACGUUUUCUUAUGUCACCCUGCCAGACAAAGAGGAGAAAAAGGUACCAGAGAAAGGGCUCAUCUGGAUCCCAGACAGUUCUUUUGAUGAACAGCAAGCAGCUUUCAACUUUGUCUCACUCCUGACAAAGCCAGAAGUCACGUCACAGGUGCAAGAUGAGUGCAGCAAGGCAGCCACCAUGUCUCUGUUUAACUCAACCUUAGCCAAGCUUGUCUGCUUGGAGGAGUUUGAACAGAUCCAGAUCCAGGCCUUCACUCAGGUGACUUGCUUUGUUUCUUUGCCCUAUGUUCAUAUGUUUCUCAAGGAUACUUGGAUCAAUACUCUAAAGAAUGCAGUAAAGGACAGCCUAAGAGAUGCAGACAAAGGCUGGUACAACCUGGAACAGAGCCACUGGGUUGUCUACCAGACGUGCAAACUGCGUAAGCUGAUGAAGUGCAUCAAAUUCAUCCUUCAGGACUCUGCACGCGCUCUAGUCCAGAACUCACUGAUCAGCUUCACCCAGCUUUUGCUGGAUGCCUGUCAUGGUAUCCUGAAUUGCUCAGAGGACAUGGAAUGGGGAGAUGACCUCAUCAAUAGUCCCUACAGGCCUCAAAGGAAUCCGCUCUUUCUAACAGACCUUGUGCUAGACAGCAGCGGCGUUCACUCCAGCCCCCUUGUGGAGAGCUUUGAGAAGUCCCUCAUUUCUCUGUUCGACAAGGGAAUCCUGGUGACUCAAACUGUCCCGCAGCUGGAGAAGUAUGUGCUGGAAAACGUACUUACCACAGGCACACCCUUGCUGGAUUCAAUGGGCUUGCACAAACCAGAAGUGGAAGAACUGCAUGAAGCUAUGCAUUCUGCCAUUCAAAAGGCACUGAUCCCUCUCCAAGCCUAUGCCAAGAGAUAUGAGAAGUUCUCAGAGCUAAAUAACAAUGACAUCCAGUACUGUCUAAGAGACUAUGAAGAGCAGUGUCCCUCUGCCCAGGAGGUGAUGAGUAUAGUAAACACAUACUUGUCUGAAAAGGAGAACCUGGACAACACUCUACCUAGUUCUGUUGUCUUUGGUCCCUUCCAUGUCAAUGUAGAGGAUGUUAAGCAAAAUCUGUCCACAAAAUAUAAAGCACUUGCCACUUCCACAUUGGACAUACUAGCUAAAACCCUCCAUUUGCAAGUGGAGAAUAUCUGUGAUGCAGAUAAAGCUGUCAGCUGCAAAAUGCAUGGGAAACCAAACAGCAUUGAGGAGCUGGCUGAACUUCGGGAGUGGAUGAAGGGAGUCCCUGAGCAGCUGGCUGUGCGGGAGGAACUGAUUUGUGGAGUCAUGGAAGAUUACAAGGUCGUGGAGGAAUUCCUUUACAAUCUUACUGAAGAAGAUUUCAAUGACAAGUGGGCUGUGAGUUUUUGGCCACUGAAAAUAACUAUGCAAACUGAGUCCAUUCAGCUCCAGCACCUGCAGGAUGAAUCAAAAUUUCGAAAACUUCAGAUCGUGGAUCAGAAUGGCUUUCAACACAAACUGGAGGAGAUGCAGCUGACAGGAGGUGGAUUUUCCAUCCUGACAGAUGUUAACCAAGCUCCUGAGUUGGCUGACAAAGCAAGGGAGGUCAGGAAGCAGCUGAAGGAGCUUCAGAAUUUGGCAGCUCUUUACAACAGGGAAAGAAUCUUUGGGAUGAAAGUUACUAAUGACAGUAAUGUAUCCAGGAUGGUUAAGGACUUCCAGCCAUACUACGAACCGUGGACUACAGUAUCAGGCUGGAUGCAGUGGUAUGAGAGCUGGAUGAAUGAUCCUCUCAUGGAACUUGAGACUGAUCAGCUAGAAAAGAAUGUCAGUGGCUCUUUUAAGACAGUGCAGAGAUGUGUGAAGCAGUUCAAGGAUUCAGCAGCCUGCCAAGCUGUGGCAAUGGCGUUUCAAGACAAGAUUGAAGAAUUCAGACCAUACAUCCCCUUAAUUCAAGGGCUGUGCAAUCCUGGUAUGAGAAACCGGCACUGGGAGGUGCUGUCAGAAGCUAUUAACGUGGAUAUCAAGCUAGAACCCAGUCUGACAGUUGGUCGCUGCUUGGACUUGAGCCUGCUGGACCGUAUCGAGAGCAUUACCAAAGUAGCUGAGAUAGCUGGCAAGGAAUACGCCAUUGAGAAAGCACUCAACAAGAUGGACAGUGAGUGGAACUCCGCUGUAUUUGCUGUGACGCUUUACAAAGACAGCUGUACCUUCACUGUGAAAAACACCGAUGAAGCUUCUCAGCUCCUAGAUGAUCACAUUGGAAUGGUUCAGAGCAUGUCCUUCUCGCCAUUCAAGAAACCUUGUGAGGAAAGGAUGAACACAUGGGAAAACAAGCUGAAGAUGACACAGGAUGUCCUAGAUGAAUGGCUGAACUGCCAGCGGUCUUGGCUCUACUUGAAGCCCAUCUUUAGGUCAGAGGACAUCAAAAGACAGCUCCCAUUGGAAAGCCAGCACUACCAGGCCAUGGAUAAGGACUGGAGUAACAUCAUGAAGAAUGCUAAUGAAAACCCUGAGGUGAUUUCUUUGUGCCCUGAUCCUACGCUACUAGAGAACCUGCGAAAUGGUAACAGACUACUAGAACUUGUGCAUAAAGGGCUGAGUGAAUAUCUGGAGACCAAGAGAGGUGCUUUUCCCAGGUUCUGCUUCCUUUCAGACGAUGAGCUGCUGGAAAUACUGUCUCAGACAAAAGACCCCACUGCUGUACAGCCUCAUCUCUGAAAAUGCUUUGAGAACAUUGCAAAGCUGCUGUUCCAGGAGGACCUACAGAUCACACACAUGUACUCUGCUGAAGGAGAAGAGGUGAAGCUGUUUGUUCCCAUCUAUCCCACUGACAAUGUAGAGGACUGGCUGCUGGAAGUUGAGAAAUGCAUGAAAGCCAGUGGAUGGGACAACAUAGAAAGAGCAAUUGCUGUUUAUCCAGAGACUCCACGUACUACAUGGGUCUUGCAAUGGCCUGGGCAAGUGGUCAUUGCUGGCUGCCAGGUUUUCUGGACAAAGGAAGUGUCUGAAGCUCUGGAAGCUGGAGAUUUGUCCAGCAGGCUUUACCCAUGGCUGAGUACCCAGCUGGGGGAUUUGGUUGCCCUGGUCUAUGGAAAGUUGUCUAAGAUGCAGCGAGCAGUGUUGUCAGCUCUUACUGUGAUUGAGGUCCACACCAAGGAUGUUGCAGCAAAGCUGAUUGAGGAGAAUGUGACAAACAUGAAUGAUUUCGAGUGGAUCUCCCAGCUCAGAUACUACUGGACAAGGGGGGACCUGUACAUCAGACCUGUCAAUGCUGAAUUUAUCUGUGGCUAUGAGUAUCUGGGGAACAGUGGCUGUCUGGUUAUCACGCCCCUCACUGACAGGUCAGGAGACUGUUUUCUGGGUAUUAAGUGAGCUCUGCACCUGAAAUUUGGAGAAGCACCUGCAGGACCAGCAGGAGCAGGCAAAACAGAAACAACAAAAGACCUGGGGAAAGCACUAGCAAUCCAAACUGUAGUGUUCAACUGCUCUGACCAGCUUGACUGUAUGGCAAUGGGGAAGUUUUUCAAAGGAUUAGCCAGCUCUGGCGCAUGGGCUUGCUUUGACGAGUUCAACCGCAUUGAUACUGAGGUGCUGUCUGUGGUGGCCCAGCAGAUCACAACCAUUCAGAAAGCACAGCAGCAGAGGGUGGUUUGCUUCGUGUUUGAAGGCACUGAGAUCCCACUGGUCCCAUCCUGCGCAGUCUUUAUCACUAUGAACCCAGGAUAUGCUGGGCGUCCUGAACUGCCCGAUAACCUGAAGGCUCUCUUUCAUCCUGUGGCUAUGAUGGUCCCAGAUUACUCCAUGAUUGCCGAGAUCUCACUCUAUUCCUUUGGGUUUAACGAAGCCAAAGUACUUGCAAAGAAGAUCACCACAACAUUCAAACUAUUGUCAGAGCAGCUCAGCAGCCAGGACCACUGUGACUUUGGGAUGAGAGCUGUAAAGACUGUCAUCUCAACAGCUGGCAACCUCAAAAGAGAGAAUCCUACUAUGGAUGAGGACCUGAUCUGCCUUCAGGCUAUCAGGGAUGCCAACCUACCCAAAUUCCUGCAGGAUGACCUAAAGCUCUUCAGUGGUGUUGUCUCAGAUUUAUUUCCGAAUAUCAAAGAAAAGCCUGUUGAUCAUGGCAUUCUGGAAGAAGCUAUUUGCAAAUCCUGCAUCAAACUGAAUGUGAAGGAUGUUAAUGGUUUUGUGAUGAAGUGCAUCCAGCUCUAUGAAACCAUCGUGGUUCAUCAUGGCCUUAUGCUAGUGGGACCAACAGGCUCUGGGAAGACAAAGAGUUAUGAAGUUCUGGCAGCUGCAAUAACGUCACUGAAAGGGCAGCCUGCGGCCAGCGGUGGGGAUUACGAAGCAGUCAGCUACUUUGUACUGAAUCCCAAAUCCAUCACAAUGGGGCAGCUUUAUGGAGAAUUCAACUUGCUAACGCAUGAGUGGACAGAUGGGAUCCUUUCCUCACUCAUCUGGCAGGGAGCUGCAGCCACUGACACCACCAAGAAGUGGUACAUAUUUGAUGGGCCAGUUGAUGCUCUGUGGAUUGAGAACGUGAACACAGUGCUGGAUGACAAUAAGAAACUGUGUCUCAGCUCAGGGGAAAUCAUCAGGCUGGCAGAGAGCAUGACCAUGAUGUUUGAAGGGCAGGAUGUGGCUGUUGCUUCCCCUGCCACAGUCUCCUGCUGUGGCAUGGUUUACCUGGAACCCAGCCUCUUGGGGCUGGAGCCCUUCCUUGAAUGUUGGCUGCAAGGAAUCCCAGGCAUCAUGCAGCCCUUCUCACAGCAGGAGAGAGAUUCCUCAAGCUCUUCCUGCCUCUCCUUACAGGAGGCCAUUGGGUUUGUCCAGAGGUUUGUGAAGGAGAUAGUUACCUCAACAGACAGUAACCUCACAGGGAGCCUCCUCAUACUCUUGGAAUGUUUGUUUCAGCCUUACGUUCCCGUUGAGGGAACUAGGACGACUUCCCAGGAGAAGGCAGCUUGUAUUGGAGAACUGAUUGAACCCUGGUUUAUAUUUGCCUUGACCUGGAGUGUGGGUGCUACUGGAGAUUCCCAAGGGCGCACGGCAUUUAGCUUGUCGUUGAGGGAGAUGGCAAAGGAGAAGAUCCAGUUACUUUUCCCAGAAGAAGGACUGGUUCAUGACUGUAAGCUGUGUGAGGCUGGGCUUAGCAGUGCUGAAGAUGAUCUGGAUGAGGAGGCCAUUAGGAAG